CCGCGCUUCGGGGCUACCUCAGCUCGGCGCUGGGCCCUGCUCCCGAAGGGAAGGUGACCUCUGCUGUGAGGCGGGGGAUCCGUCCCUCCGGCCGCUCCCCAUGUGCGCGCACCUGGCGCUGCCCCCGUACCAGGCGUACCCCGGCGGGGCUGCCGUGGGAUACCUGGAGCUGUUCUGGAACGCGGCGGGGGAGGCAGGACAAGCUCCCACAGCGGCCGGGCCCGCGGGAACCGCCGCGCCCAGGCAGUCCCCGGAGGCAGGAGGGAGGAGGCACACAGCAGAAGUGUCCCCAGCUUCAUCCAGUUCUGGGAAUUUCAGCCAAUUCACACCAGAUUCAGCCACCAGUCCACACUCGUCAUCCUUGUCCCCACAACCUACAGCUAAGUCUCAGAAGGGCAGAGGAUAUGGCGUAGAGGGGAUAAGGAAGACCAAGAGCCGUACAGCUUUCUCCAAGGAGCAGCUACAAACCCUGCACCAGCGCUUCCAGAGCCAGAAGUACCUCAGCCCCCAGCAGAUCCGGGAGCUGGCUGUUGCCCUGGGGCUCACCUACAAGCAGGUGAAGACUUGGUUCCAGAACAGGAGGAUGAAGCUGAAAAGGUGCCAGAAGCACAGCCUGUGGAGAGAACGGGCUCAGUGCCUCACGCAAAGUGGCUUCCAGACCGGUACUUACCUGGACGUGCACCCCAAAUUCCACCAGGGCUAUCCCAUCAGCCCAGCUGGCAACAUCCAAACCAUGCCCACCCCCUGUCAGCACUAUGGAGCAGGGCAGAACGCUUACACAAUCGUGACCAGCGAGGAUGGAGGAGUCUUUGGCAAAGGCGGGGGCACCUGCAGUGUCCAGCAGACAGUGGGCUUCAUUGCCCAGCACAAAGUAGACUUUUACCACAGCUAUCCUGGCAGUGUGGAAUAUCCAGGCUCAAAGACAGGGGAUGGCUGUAAUUUUCACCACUCAGCCACUGUAGGGGCUCCUUUCCCAACCACUGCCGGCCAUCAUCUUUAUCAUUCCUAAGCACUGUGGAUGUAGGGUACUCAGGCAGCCAAGAAUCAAGUCUUAUUCUCGUCUCUCCCUUUGUUAUUCGUGUGCCAUCUACCUCAGGGACACCUUGUAGCUAGAAUCUGUUUUGGCAUCCAGAUGUGUGCCUGCAGAAACACAGCUGUGCAGAGACCUGUUUGCCCAGGUAGAGGCACACAGAUCCUUCAUUUCUGUGCCCGUACACAUGCACACACACAUUCCUUCCUUGAUUGGCACAGACAACCAAGCUCCCUUAUAGCAAAGCCCACGAUCUGGCUACCCAGCUUAUGCCCUGGAUCUUCUUAAUUAUGGAUCUUGUAGCUUUUCUAAGGGGAAGCACAGAUUCCUUUGGGGAUCUCAUUUCUGUGUAUCACUCGUACAGCUGUGUGUACUUAACACACAAAGUCAGGGGCUAUGUGUUGAGAGAGAGGUGCUGGCCACGUACCUUUCACUGAAGUUGGGGAAGUUAUUGCCACGUGCCAGUUAUCCAUCUGAAGUGUAAACCAUCAUUUCUGUGUAUCAGCUGUGAGUGGUGAAGUGUCUAAUGAAAGGAGACAAGUAGCUUGCAGAAAGGCUGGUAAGACGAUCUUAUAAGCCCUUCAUUCUACGCUGUAUCCUUCUGUGCCUCCCCUUGAGAAAACCUAACAGUGCAUUCAGUUUGGCUAAUAAAAAUGAGUAUUUUGUAAGAUGCAUUAUGUAUUUUUAUGUAUCUCUUUUUUCCCACUGCAAUAGAGCAUUGCAAUAUAAAAACCAGAUUGAACGUCAAUAGCCAUAGCAACCGUAUGCCAUUGUUAUUUGAUGCUGAAACUAUAAACAGAAUGUUUUGUGUGUUAUUAGUGGAUCAGCUUCAUGGCUCUUGGCAAUGCCAGGCAUCUUGAGUCAAAGAAACAGGUGAGUAACUAUCACCCACCUUAAGAAUUUUCCCUAUCCAGCAAUAUUGAAUACAGGGACUGUCAUGGAGGUACUGUAAUUUCUAAAUUUGACUAUGUAAGUGUCUUAAGUACCUAAAACCAGAUGUGUGUAGCAAAGUGUAUGUAAUAACAGGCCUCCAGUUCCUUGAGUCACAGGUUUUCUACCACUUUUUCUACCACUCUUUGAUGAUGACAACAAAUUUCUCUUAAUGCAGUGAAGUAGCUGCCAUGGUUUAAAAAAAAAAAAAAAGAGCAUAAAAUGAAGGCAGUGAUUUCUGUGAGUGGAGUAAUAAGAGGCAUGGUCUUCUAUUGGCAAAGCUGAUUUAUGUCCCUCUACCUCAUGCAGACACUCUUUGACUGUACUGUAAACUGUAUGGUGUGCUGACUUUGGCUGUGUUGGUUAAUUUUGUUUGCACUGUCUAGGAUGGGGCUGUGUUUUAGAUUUGUGCUGAGCAUGGAG